ACGUCUUUCAACCAUCAAACCGUGAAAAGAUUUUGGAUCUAAAAUAGUAAAACUAUCAACAAGUUACAGAUUUUUUUUAGAAAAGAAAAGGAAUAUGGAUCAGAAGAACAGUGUCGGCGCUACUACCAGCAGUACUGCUCUGCUACGUGAUGAAGUGGGAGGUGAUAGAGAGAUCAGGCCAAGAGAGCCGUGGAAGGGAGAGUUUGUGAAGAGUAUUGUGUAUGCAGGCCUUGAUGCCAUUGUCACUUCCUUCUCUCUCAUUUCAUCCAUCUCUGCUACCCGUCGUUCCUCCGUUGAUGUGUUGGUGCUUGGAUUUGCAAAUCUAGUGGCGGAUGGCAUAUCAAUGGGGUUUGGGGAUUUUGUGUCGAGCAGCACCGAGAAGGAUGUUGCCGCCAGAGAAAGAGCGGUGACGGAGUGGGAUGUCUCCAACCAUGGCGGCACCGAGGAGCUUGGGUUGCUGAGACAAUAUCAAACUCUUGGGAUGGACGUCAAUGAUGCCAUGACGGUUGUGAACAUAUUUGCAAAAUACAAGGAGAUAAUGGUGGACGAGAAGAUGAUGGCGCAGAAAGGAAUGCUACCACCGGACCAAGCAGACAAGCCCUGGAAGCAUGGUCUCGUCACCUUUGCGGCCUUCCUUUUAUUUGGGAGUGUUCCUCUUCUCUCUUUCAUCGUCCUCAUCCCUUUCACCCACAGCGACACCCUCAAGUUUGUGGGUGCAUGUGUCCUUGCUGCGUUCGCACUCGCGCUGCUCGGCCUAGCAAAGGCCAAGAUUGCAGGCCAGAAUUAUGCAUUUUCUAUGGUUGUAACUCUCUUCAAUGGCGCCAUUGCUGCAGCUGCUGCAUACACCCUGGGGUCCCUGCUGACCAAUGUGGCCGGCCUGGAGUAAACGGCGGUAGGAAAAAUAGCGUGGGGGUGCCAAUUUUAAUUUGUACGUGACUAUGUGCAACCAAAAACUCCAGCAUGCAUGUACACCAAAGACUAUAAAGUCUUGAGAGAAAGUGACAUGCAUUUUGGUCCCGGGUACUCAAGAAUUGUAAGAGAACAAAGUUCAAUGAUUUUGUUUGUGCUGACAUGCUAAUAUAUCUUGAGAAAAUAAUAUCUGUAAUCCUCAAUUUUUCAUUC